UGUUAAAAUGCCAAUAACUAAAGAUAUUAAAUAGAAAGAUAAAAAAUUAUUUAAUAAAAAAAAAUUGUAUUUAGUAUACCCAUUACAUUGAAUCAAUGUUAAUCUCAUGUAGCUCAUAGGAACAAAAAAGCGCAUGGUUGUUUCUUCCCGGAGAAAAUAUCUAUCGUACCAGAGAGGGUUAUGUUGAAAACACUUGUCUUUUUCAGGCAGAGAGCACACACAUCGUAACUUUGUCUUUUUUUUGUAGAAAAAGGAUACGUAAUGAAGUAAUAUAGUGUAAGUGUUUGUCUACCGAGUAUAAAGGGCGCUCUGGUAAAUUGUGUAACCUCCACUGCACUGACAAGCAAACUGUCCUUGCAGGUGCCAGACUUUUAUGACCAGGAUAAGGGCUCUAGUAGUAUUUCUGCACUAAUGCAGUAGGCUGUUAAGUAACGCAUCGGUUCUCGUUGUUUCUCAUCACGUUGGUUAGUUUCUGUGUUGUGACAAAUGACGCGACGUAGCACCAGCUACUAUCAAAACCAUUUCUAGUGGUCACUCGACAUCAUGCUCUUCAGAGUUUGUUGUAAAAUGACAGAAGUUCUCCGGAUGAUUCACAGUCUCUUUCUAAAGGUUGUGCUGUUCCCCAGCACGUUUGGGAAUAAAGCGCGUCGUCCCGCAGCGUCUGAAGUGUUAACACGACACCUAACACAGCGCAAAAUCCCGCCCUGGACCUCAUUCUGUGUCCGCUACAGUUCUGUUAUCAAUGACCAGUUCGGGCUGUCCCAUUUCAACUGGCAGGUGCAGGGAGCAAACUACCACAUCCUCAGGACGGGCGCUUUUCCUUUCAUUAAAUACCAUUGCACCAAAGCACCUUUGCACGACCUGCAGUUUGAGAAUGCUUUUUUUGGUGCAUUAAAAGUCAUCAAUCUAGGUAUUCCCUGCCUGGCUUAUGGCUUGGGCUCUUGGAUGGUAGCUAGAGUGACAGAGGAAGUAGAGACCUCUGCAGGUCCUGUCACUGUAUACUUUGCAUACAAGGAGGUGGAAGGUGCUCAGUUCUAAUAUCAGAGACAAUCUGAGACGCCAUGCAUUCGGUUUAAAGGCUGGACUAUUUGCACCUGCAAAUAAUUGUCAUUUACUUUUUAGUCUUUGGAAAUGUAUGCAGGUGGUCUGCAGUCUGUGUAAAUGUAAAAUGGCACUUUUCGUCACACACAUAAUAAAAUUAUUUAUUGAAAAUGUUGGCAGGUGAAGGUUUUUAGAACGUAGAUUUUUUUAUAGUAUUGUAAGUUUUGCAGAAGAUUGUAUGAACAAUUUUCAGA